GUCGACUUGUCACUGUCAGAGUGUCUGUCACUCGACGGCCAGUCAAAAAUCAGAAGAAAGGAAGGAAAGCGAUUUUACGGUGCCAUACUUUGCACCAAACAAAUCAAAUAUAAAUAACUUAUAUUAAGCGCAAAUUAUGUUUAAGAAAUAGGAAUUACCGUUAUUUAUUUAGUUUCCAAUUUCUAGUGAAGUGAAAAUUAGUUAGCAAAACAAAAUGACGUCGCCUGGGCCUUCGAAUUCCUUUCAGCAAUCAUCUGCUCCUGCGUCCGUCCAAGAGUUUAAGAUACGUGUGCCAAAGAAUGUAAAGAAAAAAUACCAUGUGAUGCGGUUCAACGCCACUUUGAAUGUAGACUUCGCAAAAUGGACGCAUGUGAAGAUGGAACGUGAGAAUAACAUCAAGGAGUUUAAGGGAAUUGAUGAGGAUAUGCCUAAAUUCGGCGCUGGUUCAGAAUAUGGUCGUGAUGUGCGCGAGGAGGCUCGGCGCAAGAAGUUCGGUAUCAUCUCCCGCAAGUACAAGCCCGAGGACCAGCCCUGGAUACUCAAAGUUGGCGGGAAGACUGGCAAGAAAUUUAAAGGUAUCCGUGAGGGCGGCGUGUCGGAACACGCGGCGUAUUACGUGUUCACACACGCCGCUGAUGGAGCCAUCGACGCAUACCCUUUGCAGGAAUGGUAUAAUUUUCAACCCAUUCAGAGGUACAAAGCUCUCUCAGCCGAGGAAGCUGAUGAAGAGUUUGGCAGACGCAAUAAAGUGCUCAACUACUUCUCGUUGAUGUUCCGUAAGCGCAUGCGCGGUGAUGACGCUGCGGAUGACGCCGACGACCCCGACGAUAAGAAGCUCAAAGGUUCUAAGGCUAAGAAAGAUCUCAAACUGUCGGAAAUGGACGAGUGGAUUGAUUCUGAUGACGAUUCCUCUAACUCUGAGAAUGAGAAGGACAAAGACAAUGACAGCGACACCGGAUCUAACAAUAAGAAGAAGAAAAAGAAAGCGGCUGCAAAUAAGAAGAAGAAGAAAGUGGAGGACGAGGCUUUCGAAGAGAGUGACGAUGGAGACGAGGAGGGACGCGAGAGGGACUACAUAUCAGACUCCUCUGAGAGUGAAUCUGAUCACGAGACUAAAGCCAACAAAGAAUUGAAAGGUGUAGCCGAAGAAGACGCGCUCAGGAAACUUCUGGCAUCCGAUGAGGAUUCAGAGGAAGAGCAAGAGAACAAGGAACAGGAGGAGGAACAAGAGGACGAACCCACCAAGGAGGGAGAGGAAAGAGCCAGCAAGCUUACUAAGAAGAAGAAGAACAAACCUGAUGAUGCUAAGAAAGAUUCAAGCAGUGAGUUGAGUUCGGACUCCGACACGGAUCCAGAAACUAGCCCUGCGGUUAAAAAACCCAAGAAAUCUAAGAGCAGUGAUAAGAAUGGACCCACCGCUAGCACGUCUGCUGCAGGUAGUGCGAAUACGUCCCGCUCGGGGACUCCGACGCCGUCCGCGGCGCAGGCUGCAGUGGCCGCCGCCAACGCCGCCAAUACCAACAUGCCGCCCGCCAAGAGGCCCAAACUGGAUGCUUCAUACAGUGAAUGCGGUGUAACUGAAGAAGCAGUACGUCGCUACUUAGCCCGUAAGCCGAUGACGACAACAGAACUCUUGACAAAGUUCAAAUCAAAGCGCACGGGAGUUAGCAGUGACCGUCUCGUCGAGACGAUGACGCAGAUCCUAAAGAGAAUCAACCCUGUCAAGCAGAAUAUUAACGGGAAAAUGUACCUUAGUAUAAAAAGCACAUGAUUUAGCAAAUAUAUUUU